GUUAAACUCUACCGAAUUUGAAUCAUCGAGUUAUUGCCAAAACUUCUCGUGACGAAGGGAAGUCUCAAAUUCUUCGACCAAAAGGUGCCGGAAGACUGACGAAGGGUUAGCAAUAACGUUCGUUUUUUCAGAUAUGGGUCAUGGAACUAGUCGUUCUUCAUCAUCGGGGAAUAUUUUAUCGUCCGAUGAGCAGAACUUAGUGGAAAAUUUAUUUAAAUCAAUGUCCCGGAGUUCUGGGUCAAUAAAGAGGGAGGAUGUUUUUAAACACUGGUCAACUCAUUUAGAUGACUAUCUGUUGCAGUUUGUAGUAAAGUUCUUGUGCCAUGAACCAGGAAAAAAAUUGUCUGCUAUAAAUGGGGAGAAUUUUGGAAGGCUAUAUGUUUUUGCAGUCAGAGGCAGUGCUGAUGAGCGUACAAAUUUGUUACUAAAAGGCUUUUCAGAAAGUGAACAGAAAUAUGAAAUACCAAAGACUUGUUUCAUUCAAUACAUUGAGGCAACGGUGAACUCAUAUUUGAGGCUACAAAAAAAUAGUGGCAACCCAAACUACAAUAGCUGGAGUUCAAUCGGGUGCAAUGUAAAUUCUAGAAGAAUUAAUCUCCAUUCUCAAAGCCUUUGCGAAGAUAUUGGUAAUGAGGAAGAUGCCCUAACGUCUGAUGAAAUAGAGAGUUGGUUUAGUCGUGCAGCUAAUUUCAAAGCCAUUCAAUCUCAUGUGUUUCAGAAUUUAUUUUUGAUAUCGCAAAAGAAGGGGGAUAAAAAUACCAGCUUGAAAAUCAAUGAUCUUAAUCUGCUACCGAUAUGUCGAGGCCUAGAAAAUAUCCCACAUUUUCCCAGUAUCCUUGGACUGAGUGAUGUUUUGUUUUUAAAUUUAAGCCUUCCACACGAACUGAGAAAUGAAUGGCGAUUUCUAUUUUCAAGCCAAAUUCAUGGAGAAUCAUUUUCAACUAUGCUAGGACGAAUAUCAAUGCAAGGUGCAACUUUGUUAAUAGUACAGGAUACAGAAAAUCAUGUGUUUGGUGGAUUUGCACCAGAUAACUGGUCUUUAAGCCCAAAUUUUAUAGGUAAUGAAUCUUGUUAUUUAUUUAAACUAGAACCAAAGAUAUUGACGUUUCCUUCAACCUCAUACAACAAUCAUUAUCAGUAUUUAAAUCUACAUCAGCAAACUAUGCCCAAUGGCUUGCUAAUGGGAGGACAAUUAAAUUAUCCAGGACUUUGGUUAGAUUGUGAGUAUGGAUCUGGCAGAUCAUGCGUUACGUGUACCACGUUUCAAAACUACACGCAACUGAGUGGAUCAGAAAAUUUCAAAAUUAAACAUUGUGAGGUUUGGGGUGUAGGGCCUUUGCCAGAGGUCGAUGAAACUGAAAGAGGUACUUCUGUACUAGAUAGUGAUCCAGCGGCAAAAGUUAUGUUAGAAUUGGCGGGGCGUACAUUACAUAGUGAAGGCCUCAGAGAUAAAAAAAAAGAGAAGUAAUUAAGCCAAUUUAACUAUCUAUUUAAAUAAGACUCCUAUGCGAUGAAAACUACCGCAAAUAAUGCUUUUAGAAACAUAGAUGACUAUAUAUUGUUGGCCCUGGUUAUAAAAUAACAUAUUUGGUCAACUGAUACUUUCGAUGUAUUGUAUUGAUUAAAUUGCUCCCCACUUGGCAAGAAAUGAUAUUUAAUAUGGAUACCAAAAUUCUGUACAGUUUUUCUUCCAUGGAUCGAAAUGCAUCCAUGAAAUAUUUGAUUAUUUGAUUCCCAUCUGUAAUAAUGACAGGCAAUGCCAAAGAAUGAGUGAAUUUAAUUAGUUCGAUGUGGCACAGGGAUAAAUGCAAUAUCUUCAAGGCCUAAUCUGAUACGAGAUAAGUAAAACUUGAACCCUUGAAUUUCUACGAGUAUUAAAAUAGUUGUGCAUUUUAUGUUCUAUGAUUAUUUUUAAUCAUGUUAACGUAAUUUCAAAUCAUCAUUGAUGUUUAUUUAUGAGAGAGUUUGAUGAGAUUGUUAUUGUAUAAUAACGAGUGUGAAUUCAACACUUUAAACACAUUUAUGUAUCUGUUCAAAAACUCUACCUUCAAUUGUAAUGUGAUUUCAAAAUCCAAUCGUUUGGAAAACUCUUAAAUUUAUCGUUAUCAAGUGUAAAUUAUUGUAAUAUAACUAGAAAACCAAUAUUGAAUUGCGCCAGACAGUUAAUCCAAUGAUAUAAUAUAAUUUUCAUUUGAAUUUAAUUCUAAUGGUUUAAAUCUGAUUGUUGUCUUUGAUACCGUUUACCCAAAAGAAUAAAAUAUUUAGCGCGUGGGUAAAA